AUGCAGCAGGAUGUGGGGGAGGCUAGCAAAGUGGACAAUGGAGAGAUGAGCCUCCAUGGAGAGACUCAGGGUUGGGAGACGGUCAGCAUCAGCCCAGAAGGCCAAGGCUUUGAGAUCCUGGGCAGCAGGGAAGGCAGAGGCCUGGAGCUGGGGCGCUCACUCACCAGAGGCGGGGUCUUCACAGCUGGACGAACGGCCAUGGGUGACCCCUCUUCCCAGGCCAUGGGUGACCCCUCUUCCCAGGCCAUCAGUGACCCCUCUUCCCAAGCCAUGGGUGACCCCUCUUCCCAGGCCAUGGGUGACCCCUCUUCCCAGGCCAUGGGUGACCCCUCUUCCCAGGCCAUGGGUGACCCCUCUUCCCAGGCCAUCAGUGACCCCUCUUCCCAGGCCAUGGGUGACCCCUCUUCCCAGGCCAUCAGUGACCCCUCUUCCAAGGCCAUUGAUGACCCCUCUUCCCAGGCCAUGGAUGACCCCUCUUCCCAGGCCAUGGAUGACCCCUCUUCCCAGGCCAUCAGUGACCCCUCUUCCCAGGCCAUCAGUGACCCCUCUUCCCAGGCCAUUGAUGACCCCUCUUCCCAGGCCAUGGGUGACCCCUCUUCCCAGGCCGCAUGGUCUCAGUGGUAG